GAGAGAGGAGCACGGAGGAACCGGUUCAAAACAAAUUCGUGCAUUAAAGUCAAACUCACAGCCUUGUGUCUGUCCUGAGGACAAGAGGAGCGAGGACGGAGGGACAGGGGGACAGAAGAGGAAAACAGAGGGAAAGAAGGAAUACAAGGAGCUGAUGUUCACCUAACUGUGAUUUACAGAGAGAGAGAGAGAGAGAGAGAGAGAGAGAGAGUCAUGGCUGCGUCCGAGCUCUACACAAAGUAUGCUCGGGUGUGGAUUCCCGACCCUGAGGAAGUGUGGAGGUCAGCAGAGCUCACUAAAGACUACAAACAGGGGGACACGGCGCUGCACCUGCAGCUGGAAGAUGGCACGUAUCUGGAGCACAAGUUGGACCCGAAGACUAAAGUCCUCCCUCACCUGCGGAACCCCGACAUCCUGGUGGGAGAAAAUGACCUGACGGCUCUGAGUUACCUUCAUGAACCGGCCGUGUUGCACAACCUGAAAGUGCGCUUCAUCGACUCCAAACUCAUCUACACCUACUGCGGUAUUGUGUUGGUGGCCAUUAACCCGUAUGAAACGUUGCCCAUCUAUGGCUCGGACAUCAUCAACGCUUACAGUGGGCAGAACAUGGGAGACAUGGACCCGCACAUAUUCGCUGUGGCCGAGGAGGCGUACAAACAGAUGGCCAGAGAUGAGAGGAACCAGUCCAUUAUCGUGAGCGGAGAGUCCGGCGCAGGGAAAACGGUUUCAGCCAAAUACGCGAUGCGAUACUUUGCGACAGUGAGCGGCUCAGCCAGCGAAGCCAACGUCGAGGAGAAAGUGCUCGCCUCCAACCCUAUCAUGGAGUCCAUAGGAAACGCCAAAACCACCAGGAACGACAACAGCAGCCGAUUUGGGAAGUACAUCGAGAUCGGCUUUGAUAAGCGCUACCACAUCAUCGGCGCGAACAUGAGGACGUACCUGCUGGAGAAAUCACGAGUCGUGUUUCAGGCGGACGAUGAGAGAAACUACCACAUCUUCUACCAGCUCUGUGCCUCAUCACACCUGCCCGAGUUCAAGAUCCUAAAGCUUAGCAGAGCCAGUGAAUUCCACUACACCAUGCAGGGCCGUAACCCAGUUAUUGACGGAGUGGACGAUGCGAAGGAGAUGUCGACUACCAGGAACGCCUUCUCACUGCUGGGUAUUAACGAGUCGUAUCAGAUGGGGCUGUUCCAGGUCCUGGCGGCCAUCUUGCACCUGGGCAAUGUGGAGGUGAAGGACAGAGACACAGACAGCAGCAACAUAGCGCCCAAUAACGCUCACCUGAGUGUGUUCUGUGAGCUGCUGGGCGUGGCCUAUCAGGACAUGGCUCACUGGCUGUGCCAUAAGAAGCUGAAGACGGCGACUGAGACGUACAUCAAGCCAGUUCCCCGAGUUCAGGCCACGAACUCCAGAGACGCUCUGGCCAAACACAUCUACGCCAAGCUCUUCAACUGGAUCGUCGAGCACGUCAACAAGGCGCUGCACUCGUCCGUCAAACAGCACUCCUUCAUCGGCGUGCUCGACAUCUACGGGUUUGAAACCUUCGAGAUUAACAGUUUUGAGCAGUUCUGUAUCAACUACGCUAAUGAGAAACUCCAGCAGCAGUUCAACAUGCACGUGUUUAAGCUGGAGCAGGAGGAGUACAUGAAGGAGCAGAUCCCCUGGACGCUGAUCGAUUUCUACGAUAAUCAGCCGUGCAUCAACCUGAUCGAGGCCAAGAUGGGCGUGCUCGACCUGUUAGACGAGGAGUGCAGGAUGCCGAGGGGUUCGGAUGACUCCUGGGCUCAGAAGCUCUAUAACACUCAUCUGAAGACGUGUGCACUUUUUGAGAAGCCGCGCAUGUCCAAUAAAGCCUUCAUUAUUCAGCACUUUGCAGACAAGGUGGAGUAUCAGUGUGAGGGAUUUUUGGAGAAAAACAAGGACACAGUGAAUGAAGAGCAGAUUAAUGUCCUAAAGUCCAGUAAGUUUGACCUGCUGGUGGAGCUCUUCCAGGAUGAGGACAAAGUGACGAGCCCUACAGGUAGUGUGCCUGCCCCUGGGGGGCGCACUCGCCUCAGCAUCAAACCAGACAAGGGCAAACCGGACCAGGCCAGCAAGGAACACAAGAAGACCGUGGGCCUGCAGUUCCGUAACUCUCUGCAGCUACUGAUGGAGACGUUAAACGCCACAACGCCGCACUACGUCCGCUGCAUCAAACCCAACGACCACAAAUACGCCUUCACGUUUGACCCGAAGCGCGCGGUACAGCAGCUGAGGGCGUGUGGAGUCCUCGAGACCAUCCGCAUCUCCGCUGCAGGAUUCCCAUCCAGAUGGACUUAUCAGGAGUUCUUCAGCCGCUAUCGUGUGUUGAUGAAGCAGAAAGACGUCCUGGCUGAUAAGAAAAUGACCUGCAGGAAUGUUCUGGAGAAACUGGUGCAGGAUCAGGAUAAGUACCAGUUCGGGAAGACGAAGAUCUUUUUCCGAGCAGGUCAGGUGGCGUAUCUGGAGAAACUCCGUGCCGAUAAACUGCGAGCCGCCUGCAUCCGCAUCCAGAAAACGAUCCGCUGCUGGCUGGAGCGCAAGAAGUACCUGCGCAUAAAACAAGCCGCCGUCGUGAUCCAGAGAUACGUCCGAGGACACCAGGCCCGAUGCCUGGCAAAGUUCCUGCGUCGCACCAGAGCCGCAAUUAUUAUCCAGAAAUACCAGCGCAUGUACGUCCAGAGAACCAGCUACAGGCGCAAACGCCACGCCGCCCUCGCCAUGCAGUGUAUCCUCAGGGCGUACAUGGCCCGACAGCAGUACAAAGCGCUGCUGCGUGAGAGCAAAGCCAUUAUCAUCCAGAAGAUGGCGCGCGGCUGGUUGGCGCGUCAGUGGUACAAGCGCUCCCUGGCCGCUGUGGUGUACCUGCAGUGCUGCGUGCGGCGCAUGAUGGCCAGACGCGAGCUCAAGAAGCUGAAGAUCGAAGCGAGGUCCGUCGAGCACUACAAAAAACUCAACAUCGGCAUGGAGAACAAGAUCAUGCAGCUGCAGCGUAAAGUCGACGAGCAGCAUAAGGAGAACCGUGUUAUGGGUGAACGUCUGAACAGUUUGGAGAGCGCCCACGCCACCGAGAGCGAGCGUCUGCGCAAGGAGCUGACUCGUUUACGCGGCGUGGAGGAGGAUGCGAGGAACAGCGCUAACCGCGUGACCACGCUUCAGGAGGAGCUGGAGAAACUGCGCAAGGAGCUGGAGACCACGCAGAAGGAGAAGAAGGCCAUUGAGGACUGGGCACAGACCUACCAGGAUGAGAUGGAGAAGAUGAUCUCAGAGUUAAAGGAACAGAACGAUCUGUUGAAGAACGAGAAGAACGACCUCAACCGUCUGAUCCAAGAGCAGAGCCAGCAAUGGACAGAGAAAAUGCAGAGGGCUCUAAAGGAGGAGACGACUCAGCUGGAGAGCGACUUAAAUGAGGAGAGAUCACGAUACCAGAACCUCCUCUCAGAGCACCUGAGACUGGAGGAGAAAUACGACGACCUCAAAGAGGAGAUCUCACUCAACACGAACAUUCCCAAACCGGGCCACAGGAGAACCGACUCGACUCACAGCAGCAACGAGUCGGAGUUCGCCGAGGACGGAGCGCGGGAGAGCGAGGACGUGACCAAAGGCACAACGUUGGACAUGGCUCUGUUCCUGAAGCUGCAGAAGCGAGUGUCGGAGCUCGAGCAGGAGAAACAGGGCCUGCAGAACGAACUGGACCGAAAAGAGGAGCAGUUUCAGCGGGCUAGAGCCAGAGAUGACGAAGAACAUAAGAAGGCUCGCGGCGCCGAACUGGAGUAUGAAUCUCUUAAGCGCCAGGAGCUGGAGUCCGAGAACAAGAAGCUGAGACACAACCUGAACGAGAUGCGUCAGACUCUGGCGGGGAAAGACGGCUCCAUGUCGGCCUACAAGGUCCUGAUGGAACAGUUACACUCGUCUAACGAGGAGCUGGAGGUCCGCAAGGAGGAGGUGCUGAUCCUGCGCUCACAGCUCGUCAGCCAGAAAGAAGCCAUGCAGCACAAGGAGACCAUGACAGAGCCAAUGCACUAUGUGGAGGACGUUCACAAGCUCACUGACGCUAAAGAGAUCUCUCAGGCUUACAUGGGUCUUAAGGAUACCAACAGAUCCCCCAGGUUUCCGCGCAAGCCGUUCGCAGUGAGCGAGCUGGUCAAUAGGCUGAGAUCCCCCCACCCUGACAUGCGUAAGCUGAAUGAGGAUGGAGAGCUGUGGAUGGUGUAUGAGGGCUUAAAGGAGACCAACAGGCUGCUGGAGACUCAGCUGCAGGCUCAGCGGCGCACCCAUGAGGCCGAGCUGGAGGCGCUGCGUGGAGAACUGCACUGUGUGAAGGAGGAGAACCAGCGACAGCAGCAGCUCCUCACCCAGAACCUGCAGCUUCCUCCUGAGGCUCGCAUCGAGGCCAGUCUGCAGCACGAGAUCACACGGCUCACCAACGAGAACCUGGACUGUGAAAUUAACCCAAGGGUCUACAGAAUCAACGUACUGCGCAGGAUCAUUGACCUCAUGGAACAGCUGGAGAAACAGGAUAAGACGGUUCGCAAGCUGAAGAAGCAGCUCAAAGUGUUCGCCAAGAAGAUCAUGGACCUGGAAGGUGGUCAGAUGGAGAACGUGUCUCCGGGUCAGUUGGCUGACGAGCCGAUCCGUCCGGUUAACAUUCCACGCAGAGAAAAAGAUUUCCAGGGAAUGUUGGAGUACAAGAAGGAGGAUGAGCUCAAGCUGGUCAAGAACCUCAUCCUGGAACUGAAGCCGCGUGGUGUAGCAGUGAGCAUGAUUCCCGGAUUGCCGGCCUACAUCCUCUUCAUGUGUUUACGACACGCUGACUACCUCAACGACGACCAGAAAGUCCGAGCGCUGCUCACCUCCGUCAUCAACAGCAUCAAGAAGAUCCUCAAAAAACGAGGUGAUGACUUUGAGACCGUAUCGUUCUGGUUGGCGAACACGUGCCGCUUCCUGCACUGUCUGAAACAGUACAGUGGAGACGAGCAAUUUAUGAAGUUUAACUCUUCGAAGCAGAACGAACACUGUCUCUCUAACUUUGAUCUCACUGAGUAUCGUCAGGUUCUUAGUGAUCUGGCCAUUCAGAUUUACCAACAACUCAUCAAGUGUAUGGAGAAUAUCCUACAGCCCAUGAUCGUCUCUGGGAUGCUCGAGCACGAGACCAUCCAGGGCGUGUCGGGCGUAAAGCCCACCGGUCUGCGCAAGAGGACGUCCAGUGUAGCCGACGAGGGGACGUUUACCCUCGACUCCAUCAUCCGCCAGCUCAACUCCUUCCACAGCAUCAUGUGUAACCAUGGCAACGACCCCGAGCUCAUUAAGCAGGUCGUUAAGCAGCAGUUCUACAUCAUCGGCGCAGUCACGCUCAACAACCUGCUGCUGCGCAAAGACAUGUGCUCCUGGAGCAAGGGCAUGCAGAUCAGGUACAACGUGAGCCAGCUGGAGGAGUGGUUGAGGGAGAAGAACCUGAUGGUGUGUGGAGCGAAGGAGACGCUGGAGCCGCUGAUUCAGGCAGCGCAGUUACUGCAGGUCAAGAAGAAGACAGACGAGGACGCUGAGGCCAUCUGCUCCAUGUGUAACUCAAUGAGCACCGCUCAGAUCGUGAAGGUGUUGAACCUGUACACACCCGUCAACGCGUUUGAAGAAAGAGUGUCUGUAACAUUCAUACGAACCAUACAGAAUCGCCUGAGGGACCGUAAGGAAUCGCCGCAGCUCCUACUCGACACGAAGGUGAUCUAUCCCGUGACGUUCCCGUUCAACCCGUCCUCUCUCGCCCUGGACACCAUUCAGAUCCCCAACAGCCUCAACCUGGCAUUCCUCACUCGCGUCUAAGUGUCCCCCUGAUCCUCCAGAUAAAGAGGAAACGAUGUACGGACUGAAAAGCGUCUCGUAUACAGCGGUACAGACGUACCGAUGUAAUGUUCCAUACACGCUCUGUACCCUCAGUCCUUUCUCAUCUCACUGGGAAGUUACACCUUACAAAUGGGAAUGUACCAUAUCAUAAAGUGUGUGUGUGGGGGGGAGGGGCUUGUAUUGGUUCAAUCCUGGGUUAUUCUCUGUAUAGUCGAAUCACAUCAAUAUCUAAGAUUAAGUACGACACUGGGAUGUUUUAUUUAUUGCUCUAAGCCUUUCAUUCAUCUCAACUCGUAUAAUUUCAGCUUUUUCCGCUUCAGAUCUCAGAAACAAUCUGACCUGGAAGUAAAAAAAACAAACAUAUGUGUAGUUCUCUAUUAAUGUCCACAUCAGAUAAAAUAACGUAGAGUCAUUUUUAAAAAACGCGCUUCACUCACGUCUGUGUGAUGAUGUAAGGUGUUUAUUUGUUAUUAAGCCAUGUGCCAGUAGUUUUAGCUAAAUAGAUAGAUAGGUAGCUGUGUCUUGUAUGAUGAUGAUGAUGAUGAAGAAGAACAUCCUCAGCACUUCCCAACAUUCUUCAUUACAGUAAAUUUAAACUCCUGCUUCAAAAAGCCUAGAAUUAGCGGAUUCUUCUCUCAUAUUGUCUUGCGUGCUGAUUUGUUUCUGAAAUUCAGGGGCGUACAUUAGGAGAGGUGUGACCAGCCAAUCACACACUUGCUUAUAAGAAAUCCCAGCUUCAUCUCUGUGGUUUUAACUUUGCCGAAUUGGCGUGCAUUCCAAAUGUUUCGUUGCAGAAUCCGAUAAUUGACUUAACGUUUUUCAGUUAGCAGUUAGUAACGUCUUUCCGCUCUAAUAGCAACAGCUGUGUUGUGUAAUUAAAACCAGCAUUUCAUGCUCAGCGUCAAGAUGUCACGCGGUCGAGGAAGCUCCGCCCAUGUCACUCACACGUCAACGAUAAACGGAUGAAGCAAAUCUCCCUCUUUUCAUUUUUACAAUUUUUUUUGGCAUGUAAGGUUUCCGUAUUUUUCUUUUACAUGUGAAUGAAAGCAGUAUUACAUCAGCAGUUUAAAACAUCUCGCUACGACAGCAUGUUCCGUUAAUGAUAAUGUAAUAUAUGCAGGGCUUUUUGUUUGUUUGUUUGUUGGUGUUUGUUUGUCCCAGAGACACACACAAGCGAAAAUCAUAGUUCCAUAUAACACACACACACACACACACACACACACACACACACACACAUUGCUGUUAAAUGCCUUACUCUGUUCAGCAUUAGUGGAUUUCAUCUCAUGCUCCUUUAUCAUGGAGCGUCAUUUGACGCUUCAAUGUUCGUCUUACACGAGUGUGAGUUCGCUCGGGUUUUUCGGGACCAUCUGUUUGUUUGUUUGUUUGUUGUUGUUUUUUUAUUCGUUUCAUGCAUUUGCUCAAACUCAGAAGAGGUGAAAGCGUAUCAGAACAAAAUGUAUACCUAUAUCUAUAAAACGACUGGAUGCUGAAGUGUUAAUAUUAUGUCCUAUUUAUUGUUCAGUACAUUUCAACUGGCCUUAGUGUGGAGUAGAAACAUUCAGGCGACAUCAUUUCCUGUUUACUAUCAUCAUCACUGAGAAGCUAAUUUCCUGUGUGAAGCUGGAAAGUGAUGAGUGGUUGUAAGUUAAUAAUGCACUUUCGUUCUUUACGUAGGGGGGAAAGACGUCCUUUAGGGAUGCACCAGUCCGAUAACGAGUCUCCAUAUAUACAUAUAUAUAUCAAUAAUUCUAUCGGUUAAUGCCGUGAACACUCAAUGGCGAAUAGUGUUGGGAUCGUCUUAUACGUCAUUGUAAGCUGAAAGAAAACAAAAACAAUCAGGACAGACAGCUUUUUAAAGUAAAGUACCUUCACCAGCUGCUCAGGUUAAGAUUUUAAGGAAAAAAAAAGAUGUGACUAUCAGAUGAUAAUCAGCUCCAGUAUAUCACAGGCCUGUCACUUUAUGGUGUUAUCGGGUUGUGCAUCCCUGAUUUAAGUAUUUGUCCAUAUUUUUGAUUGACCCGUGUUUUGUUUGUAAUUAUUAUCAUUGCUUUUUUUUUUGUUUGUUUUUUUUUUUUAAAAAGCCUCACCUUGGAAUGACCCCCGUUACCUGUCGACAUCAUUUCCUGUUUGCUGAUUCCUGAUGUUGUAAACAGUGCUGCGUGGUUGUAGUUCGAUAUGCACUUUUUAGCUACUGGCUGGGGAGAAAAAUAUUAAUAAAAAAACAAUAUUGUUCACUUUA